AUGGAGAAAUUGGAAUCUUUAGCUUCUAUUGUGCAUGAGUUUCAAAUAAAACGAGUGUCCCUCAAACUCUUUGGGAUUGAUAGUAAAGAAUUCGAAAACUACACUCAGGUCGAAUGGAUACCCUACGAGGACCGUUUUCAGUCAAUGCCAUGCUUAAUUUCAGCGAAUGGGACUCACAGCGAGUACCAAUGCCGCGAAGAAGUGUCAAUGUUGAGUGAGGGUUCUUCUGAAGGUGUGGCAUUAAGUUCCAAUGAUUUUCCCAUGGAGGAUACCCCUGAAUCUAGUUUGAACCACACUAAUGGUAGAGAAAAGUAUAACUAUCACCAGUUGUUGAGCGAGGCCAUGCUAGAGUCAGACGUGAGUCUCCUCCACAGCGAACUAUAUCCGGAAGAAAUUCUUCAAUCGGAGUGCAAUGAAACUACAGAAGGAAAUAUACAUUCGGAGCCGUUCUUUAUUUUGGAUGAAAAGUGA